UUUCUCUAACCGAUUUAACUUUAACCUCAAAAAAAAAGCUCAAUCGAAGUCAUAAGAAAAUUAUGGAUCCCCUUAAAACUCCAGUAAGAAAUCGUUUAAUAUCAUCAAAAGUAACGAUUCCAGCUUCGCCGUUAAUGAAAAACUUGGGAUAUGGAACGGGUGUAUCAGUUUACGAAUUAAACAGAGCAUCUCCAUCGAAUAAAACUCAUUCUCCAUGGGCAAUAAAGAAAGUUUCAAAUCAUAAUCGUAACAAAAAUGUACUCAUGAAACGUUUAUGUGAUGAAGCGUCCGUUUUAAAACAAUUAAAACAUCCCAAUAUUGUUGGGUUUAGAGCUUUUACUACUGAUACUAGUGGAAUAACUUGUUUAGCUAUGGAAGCUUGUUCAGCUUCCUUAGGGGACUUAAUCGAGACAAGAUACGAAAAUGGUCAACCUGCUUUUGAACCGGAUUGCAUCUUAAAAGUUGCGAUUGAUGUUGCUGAUGCAUUAAAUUAUCUUCAUAAUGAUGCUAAAAUUGUUCAUUGUGAUAUCAAAUCAUAUAACAUUCUUGUAAAGGGAGAUUUUGAAGUUUGUAAGCUUUGUGAUUUUGGUGUGACUUUGCCUUUAAAUCCUGAUGGAACUGUUGAUAAGAAAACGUUUGAAGAUAAUAAUAGUCCUGGAACUUUACCUUGGAUGGCACCAGAAACAUUAACAAACGAUAUUGUUAGUGAUAAAAGUGAUAUUUAUUCUUAUGGAAUAGUAAUUUGGGAAAUGUUGGCUUUGGUUCCUCCACCAUUACAAGAAGAGGAUUAUUCUCUUUUAGACGAUUCAGAAAUGAGUCUUGAUGACAGCGACUGUUUAAAUAUAAGAAAAAUUGGAAGCAGACCUCAACUACCCCCACAGGAAUUUGGAAAAGAAUACAAUCAUGUUUUAGAGUUGUUUCAUUGUUGUACAGAAGAGGAUCCCAGUUUACGACCAAAAGCAAGUGAUCUUGUUUUGAUAGUGAAGAGAAUGAAUGAGUGUCUUAAAGAUUAAAAGGAAAAUUUAUUUUAAAGUUUUAUUUUAAUUUAAAAGUAUAAUAAGUAAGAUUAGUAUAAUUAUAAUCGAGGAUAUGAUUAAAAUUAUUUUUAUCUGAAAAUAAAAAAGUAGAUUAGAAAGUGAUUUAA